AUGACUAACAAAUUCAAGAUACCUUUUUUUCCUUUUACUGGGGUGAAUCAUCAUGGACAAUCUAUACUUUUUGGUGGAGCAUUGCUUGAAAACGAAAAGGAAGAGACAUUUGAAUGGUUAUUUGAACAUUUCCUCAAAUGUAUGUUUGGCAAGUAUCCGAAGACAAUUAUUGCCGAUCAAGACAAAGCGAUGGGCAAUGCAAUAAAAAAAGUGUUUCCAAAGACUCAACAGCGUUUUUGUUCAUGGCAUAUCAGGAAGCAUGAAAAUGAGCACCUUCGAUCGUAUGUUUCCCGUUACAGUGAUUUUCAAGAAACACACAGACAAUGGGUAAAUAGUGAUAGCAUUGAACAAUUUGAAGCAAUAUUGGAAGAUAUGCGUAUUAAGUAUGAACUGGAAAGCUAUUGUUGGAUUAGUGACAUGUAUUACCAACGUAUACAUUGGGCUAAACCCUUCUUGAAGGAUAUUUUCUUUGCUGGUAUGACCACAACCGGGCAGAGUGAAAGUAUCAGUUCAUUUUUUGAUGGUUUUGUUAACUCGAGGACCAUGUUGAAUGAAUUCGUUGUGCAAUACGACAAGGCAGUUGAGUCACGAAGGGUUGCCGAAGAAGACGAAGACUUCAAGACUAUGAACUCGAGGCCGGUUCUUUCUUCAGUGCGUCCAAUCGAAGCAAAAGCAGAAGAAAGCACAUAUAGAGUUGGGCAAUUGGAUGUUGAUAAAAAAUAUUGGCGUAUUGUUACCUUUCAUUCUUUAAAUCAAGUCAGCGUCACAUGUUCGUGUUGUAUGUAUGAGACAAAUGGGAUUUUAUGCAAACAUAGCUUAUAUGUGAUGAAGAAGAAGCAUGUUCAAGAACUGCCGAGUCACUAUAUUUUACAGAGAUGGACCCUUGAAGCUAGGUACAAACUGGGUAGUGUUAGUAUCGGACUCGGAGAAAUAAAUAAUGAAAAUGGAGUUAGUGCCUACACAUUAUUUUGUGUUCGUUCGAAUUUUACUAAACUAAUUGAACAAGCAAGGGACUCUCCUUCGGAGAUACAAAAACUCAAUACGAUAUUGAUAAGUCUUUUAGAUGAUCAAGUCAAUCGAAAAAAAUCUAUGCCUUUAGAGAAUGCAUCUCAAAGUUCUUGUAUGCGAGCUUUGCAAGUAGAUAUGAUGCCACAGUUAUCUAUCUGGGAUCCUCUUGGUCCAACUACUACAAAAGGGCGUCAAGGAUUGGGUCAUUAUGCUACUAGUUCUUCAAAAAGAAAGGCGGAUGAAUCGUUGCAAGAGACAUAA